AUGAGAAUUUUGAUCGUAGUUUUCUGCAUUGCUUUGGCUUCUUGUGACGAGGUUAGUUUGAAAUUUUGAAGUUCAAAUUUUCAAAAAAAAAAAAUUUAAAAAAAAAAUUUCAGACUCAUCAAUUGGUGGAUGAGGUUGAGGAUAUCAGUGUUUCUGCAAAUCUCACUUCUCCCGAAUUGGUUCCAGAAGAUACAGGUGAAAUUUCAUUUAGGUCUAAGAACCUUAAGGUCUUGAAAUUCAAUUUUUAAGGCUUAAUAAAGGCCUGAAUUAAAGAUAACUUAGGACCCUUAAUUCAGAGUUUUACUUAGGCCUUAGGGAGCUUUUGAGCUUCUUUUGGUCCUUACCUCUUCUUACACAUUUUUUAAGAUUUAUCUUAAAUGUUUUAACUAUGGGUAAUUAAUUAGCCUUCCGCCACAUGGAAAAUAUUUUUAAUUAUUAAAAUAUUAAAAUAAAUUUCAUAAAAAGAAAUUAAAUCAAAUUUAAAUUAUUUGCCACGUGGCACAGCUAAUGUACCUUUAAAAAUAAGGCCUCUGGUAGAUUUUAAUAUAAAUUUUUGGUAUAUGAAUGUUUUACGCCCCCAUCUUUUUUAUUACGUGCCCCCACGGUCAUUUAUGGUUUCAUGCCCCCACUCAUUAUGACUUAUGCCCCUACCCAUCACUGAGCGUAGUGUAGUUCAGCUACCCAGGUAUUGUGGAUUAGCAAACCGACUACUGUAGAUUAGCAACCAGAUUACUGUAGAAGAGCGACCCAACUACUGUAGAUUAGCAACCCAAGUACUGUAGAUUAGCAACCCAAGUACUAUAGAUCAGCUACCUAGGUACUGUAGAAUGGGAACCCAAGUACUGUAGAUUAGUGACCCAACUGCUGUAGAUCAGCCACCCAGGUACUGUAGAUUAGCAACCCAAGUACUGUAGAUUAGCAACCCAAGUACUAUAGAUCAGCUACCUAGGUACUGUAGAAUGGGAACCCAAGUACUGUAGAUUAGUGACCCAACUGCUGUAGAUCAGCCACCCAGGUACUGUAGAUCAGCGGCCCAGGUACUGUAGGUUAGCAACCCAAGUACUGUAGAUCAGCUACCUAGAUACUGUAGAAUGGGAACCCAAGUACUGUAGAUUAGUGACCCAACUGCUGUAGAUCAGCCACCCAGGUACUGUAGAUCAGCGGCCCAGGUACUGUAGGUUAGCAACCCAGGUACUGUAGAUCAGCUACCUAGGUACUGUAGAAUGGGAACCCAAGUACUGUAGAUUAGUGACCCAACUGCUGUAGAUCAGCCACCCAGGUACUGUAGAUCAGCAACCCAACUGCUGUAGAUCAGCGACCCAGGUACUGUAAAAUAGCAACCCAAGUACUGUAGAUCAGCGACCCAACUACUGUAGAUCUGCUACCCAAGUACUGUAGAUUAGUGACCCAACUACUGUAGAUCAGCGACCCAGGUACUGUAAAAUAGCAACCCAAGUACUGCAGUAAUCUGGUUGCUAAUCUACAGUAUCUGGGUUGCUAAUCUACAGUACCUGGGUUGCUAAACUACAGUAGUCGGGGGUCUAAUAUAUAGUAGUCGGGACACUUAUCUACAGUAGUUGGGUUAAUUUUUAUCAAAUUCUAUUUUUUUGGCUUCAUUAAAAAAAAAAUAUAAAUGGUGACAUUUAAUAAAAUGUUGGCACGUUUCCGUGAAAAAUCCAACAAAAAUGAAUCAUUUCAAAUUUUAUGAAGUCGGAAAAAUGGUUGGAGUUCGAGUGAUGUGAGUUUCAUUGGGAAAACUGAGUCGUCAAUAGUUUUGAUCAUUCACAAAUAAUACAUUAUUCGGGUCGAUAAUCUACAGUACUUGGGUUGCUAAUCUACAGUAGUUGGUUCCCUAAUCUACAGUACUUGGGUAGCCAAUCUACAGUAGUUGGGUUGCCAAUCUACAGUAGUUGGGUCCCUAAUCUACAGUACUUGGGUCGAUCUUCUACAGUAAUCUGGUUGCCAAUCUACAGUAGUUGGGUUGCCAAUCUACAGUAGUUGGGUCCCUAAUCUACAGUAGUUGGUUCCCUAAUCUACAUUACUUGGGUUGCCAAUCUACAGUACCUGGGUUGCUAAUCUACAGUAGUCGGGUUGCUAAUCUACAGUAGUCGGGUUGCUAAUCUACAGUAGUCGGGUUGCUAAUCUACAGUAGUCGGGUUGCUAAUCUACAGUAGUCGGGUUGCUAAUCUACAGUAGUCGGGUUGCUAAUCUACAGUAGUCGGGUUGCUAAUCUACAGUAGUCGGGUUGCUAAUCUACAGUAGUCGGGUUGCUAAUCUACAGUGGUCGGGUUGCUAAUCUACAGUAGUCGGGUUGCUAAUCUACAGUGGUCGGGUUGCCAAUCUACAGUAGUUGGGUCCCUAAUCUACAGUACUUGGGUCGAUCUUCUACAGUAAUCUGGUUGCCAAUCUACAGUAGUUGGGUUGCCAAUCUACAGUAGUUGGGUCCCUAAUCUACAGUAGUUGGUUCCCUAAUCUACAUUACUUGGGUUGCCAAUCUACAGUACCUGGGUUGCUAAUCUACAGUAGUCGGGUUGCUAAUCUACAGUAGUCGGGUUGCUAAUCUACAGUAGUCGGGUUGCUAAUCUACAGUAGUCGGGUUGCUAAUCUACAGUGGUCGGGUUGCUAAUCUACAGUAGUCGGGUUGCUAAUCUACAGUAGUCGGGUUGCUAAUCUACAGUAUCUUGGGUAGUUGUUGUGACAUCGGCUCAGAGUGGAAAAAAACCCUGUGGGGGCACAAAACAUUCUGCUCCUGUGGGUGCAUGAAAAACAAGUAGUGGGGGCUUGAAAAACACUUGUUCCACAGUGGGACGUUUCGUGCACCCGGCGCAAUACAUUUUCACGCGUUUUGCGCCCCCACAAUAAAAAAAGUGUCCUGUUUUAUGCCCCCUAAAUUUUACGCCCCCACUGGUUGUUUCGUGCUCCCACCCUUUUUUGUGCCCCCAUCAAUAAAUGGGUGGGGGCAUAGGUGGGUGCGCGAAACAACUGGGUGGGGGUGAAAAACAGGGUGGGGGCGUGAAACGCAGAUUUACCUAAAUUUUUGUUCAAAAAUUUUUCUAGAACUUGAGAAAAACUUAAUGACCUUAAAAAUCCUAGGUGUCUCCGCCAAAAUCAGCGAAUCAAAACGAGCCAUCGAAGAGCACGAAAACGAGAUCAAAGAAGAAGUCAAAGCCGAAUUGGACAAAGCCGUCGAGAGUUUGAAAGAAUCAGCGAAAGAGAAGCACGAGGGUGCACACGGUGUGAUCGCAGGCGUCGCCGAAACACUUGAACCCUGCGGUGCCGUGGAUUGCAAUAAUCGAGGAACUUGUCUGGGAACCAAGAAGACGUUCAUUUGCGCUUGCCAGUUGGGAUAUUCUGGAACGAAUUGUGAGGAGAGUGAGUUGGCCUUCAUGAGAAAUUAUUUUUGAAUUUAUUUUUUUGCAGCGGUUUGCGAUUCCUCGCGUGAUUGUAAUGGGCGUGGAUUGUGCCUGGGGACUACAAAUCAACUAACCUGCUUGUGUAAUUUAGGAUACACCGGAAGACGAUGUGAAACACCGAUUUAA